AAACAAAACCGGACCCCCCCUCCCCCCCCAAAGCAGGUUCUCAUGUUACCCAGAGAAACCGUAGCCGUAUCCAGUUACCCGCACAGCUAAACGCCUCCUCUCAGCCCGGACUGUUUACUGAUUUAACCCACAGGUCGAGACUUUCGUGGCGAAGAUGGGAGUGCCGAAAUUUUACCGAUGGAUCUCGGAGCGCUAUCCUUGUCUCAGUGAAGUUGUCAAGGAGCACCAGAUUCCAGAGUUUGACAACCUCUAUCUAGACAUGAACGGGAUUAUCCACCAGUGCUCCCACCCGAACGACGAGGAUGUCCACUUUCGCAUUUCCGAGGAGAAGAUCUUCGCGGACAUCUUCCACUACCUGGAGGUGCUCUUCCGGAUCAUCAAGCCUCGCAAGGUCUUCUUCAUGGCGGUGGACGGUGUGGCGCCGAGGGCAAAGAUGAACCAGCAGAGAGGAAGGCGAUUCAGGUCAGCCAAAGAAGCAGAGGACAAGAUCAAAAAAGCUCUGGAUAAAGGAGAGGUGCUUCCGACGGAGGCUCGCUUCGACUCCAAUUGUAUCACUCCCGGCACCGACUUCAUGGCAAGACUCCAGGAGCAGCUCAAGUAUUUCGUCCACACCAAGGUCUCUGCCGACAGGCUGUGGCAGAACGUCAACGUCUACCUGUCUGGUCACGAGACUCCAGGCGAGGGAGAGCACAAGAUCAUGGAGUUCAUUCGCUCUGAGAACACCCAGCCGGGUCACGACCCCAACACCCGGCACUGCCUAUACGGCCUGGACGCUGACCUGAUCAUGUUGGGUUUGACCAGCCACGAGCCAAAUUUCUCCCUGCUCAGGGAAGAGGUCCGCUUCGGAGGAAAGAAAAACCAGAAAAGAAUAACGGCUCCAGAGGAGACAACUUUUCACUUGCUUCACUUGUCUCUGAUGAGGGAGUACAUUGACUAUGAGUUCUCUGAGCUCCGGAAUCAUAUCGGUUCUCAUUAUGAUUUGGAGCGAAUAAUAGACGACUGGAUCCUCAUGGGCUUCCUAGUGGGGAACGAUUUCAUCCCUCACCUCCCCCACCUUCACAUCAGCCACGACGCUCUGCCGUUGCUGUACAAGACCUACAUCAGGUCUCUGCCCACGAUGGGGGGCUACCUGAACGAGAACGGCCACCUGAACCUGAGGAACUUUGAGAAAUACAUGGAGAAGCUUGCUGAGUUCGACCGGGAACAUUUCAGUGAGAUCUUUGUGGACCUGAAGUGGUUUGAGAGUAAAGUCGGUAACAAGUAUCUGAACGAGGCGGCCGGACUAGCAGCAGAAAAGGAAGCUGCCAGCAAAGCCGCCAACAAGAACAAGGAUUUGACCUCGUCAGAACGAGUGAUUGGAGAAGGAAAAGGAGGCGUGGGCGACGACGAGGAAGAGGAGGAAGAUAUGUUUGAAACUGAGUUCAGACAGUACAAGCGCACCUACUAUAUGACCAAGAUGGGCGUGGAUGUGGUGUCUGAUGACUUUCUAGCCAAGCAGGCCAAGUGCUACGUGGAAGGUAUCCAGUGGAUUCUCCACUACUAUUACCACGGGGUUCAGUCCUGGAGCUGGUACUACCCCUACCACUACGCCCCCUUCCUCUCCGACAUCAAGAACAUAUCGGGGUUAAAGUUGACCUUUGACCUUGAGAAACCCUUCAUGCCCUUCCAGCAGCUGUUGGCCGUCUUGCCCGCUGCCAGCAUGGAGCUGCUGCCCGAGAGUUACAGGCACCUGAUGUCCAGUGAACUCUCCCCCAUCAUUGAGUACUACCCACUUGACUUUCAAACGGACCUCAAUGGAAAGCAGCAGGAAUGGGAGGCUGUGGUUCUUAUUCCAUUCAUAGAUGAGAGGUGCCUACUAGCAGCCAUGGACCCCUUUAAUGACAAGAUGACGAAAGAGGAGAAGGGCAGGAAUCGUCACACAGAGUGUGCGGUCUACUCGUACGACUCCCAAAAGGACUUCACAUACACCUCCAACCUGCCUCAGCUGUUCCCCGACAUCGUCCACUGCCACGUCAGGAAAACGGACAUCCCUAUGGACGCCUGGCACGUGGCGUUGGACCACGUCAGCAGACGCUUCGACCGCUCAGCUCUGUACUUCUGUGGCUUCCCCACGCUGCAACACAUCAAACACAAGUUUUUCAAAAAGAAGAGUGGGGUGGUCGUGUUCCAGCAGAGCAGCAGAGGGGAGAACAUGAUGCUGGAUAUCCUCCCCAGCCAAGAAGGAGAGCCGGUUUGUGACCAUGUUGCUCAACAAGUGCUGGGGAAGCCGGUGUUCGUCAACUGGCCGCAUCUCGAGGAAGCUCGCAUCAUCGCAGUGUCGGAUGGAAACGUCAAGUUCUGUCUAGAUGAACCACCCGGUGUCCAACGUGUGUAUGACAGGCCCUCCACUCCUCCCCCCACCAAAGUCACCUGCCCCUCUGACAAGGAGCAGAAGGACUGGGUGAAGGAUGUGCAGGGACUCACGGAAUAUUUCGUGAAGAGGAAAGGCAUCAUGGUGAACGACACGUCGGUGGUUUUGUACGGCCAGUUGUUGUCGGGAAGGAAAUACAUCCCCAAAGCCAACGGGGUGGUGGAACUUGAGAAACAGUGGUCCAAGCAGGUCCUCCCCUUCGCCUAUCAGACCAUUGUUAAGGACAUCAAGGCCUUCUACUCGUCGGUGACCUGCUUCAAGAGCUUAGACGAGCUCUUCCCUCUAGCAACCACCGUGUUCAUGGUGGGGAACCCGUACUACGGCGCCGUGGGCGAGGUGCAAGACUCGAGCGACGUCAUCAAAGACGGGCGGGUGCGGGUGGUCUUCAAUGUGCCGCACGAGCCACAGCUGGAGCUUCUGAUCCAGAAUCAGCACAAGUACUGUGUGAAGUACAGCCCCGGGUACAUUCUGGCGUCUCGGCUCGGCAUCACCAGCUACCUCGUGUCCCGCUUCUCGGGAAGCAUCUUCAUCGGUAGAGGCUCCAAGAAGAACCCCUGUGGGGAGCAAAAAGCUAACGUUGGCCUCAACCUGAAGUUCAACAAGAAGAACGAGGAGGUUCCUGGGUACACCAAGAGAACGGAAAAGGAGUGGCUCUACUCUUCGGCUGUGGAGGAAUUGCUGGCGGAAUACCUGGACAGAUUUUCUGAAGUCUUCAACUUGGUGUCCAGAAACAGUCAUGACGAUGUUUUCUAUGAAGAUGACGUCUGGCCUGCAGAGGACCAGAACGGUGCGGAGAAGGUCGGUGAGAUCACCUCGUGGUUGAAAGGUCACCCGGUGAGCUCCAUCGGCAGGACGUCGUGUGACCUUCAGGUGCUGGACUCUGCCAUCGUGGAGAGGAUCGAGGAUGCGGUGGAGAGGGCCAAGGUGAAGAAGAGCACCAAGAAAGUCCGCGUGACAGUCAAGCCUCAUCUCCUCUUCAGGCCCUUGGAGCAGCAGCAGGGAGUGGUUCCGGACCCGGAUUCAGAGUACCGCCUGUUCGACCGAGUCAUCAACACCAGGGAGAGCUUCUCCGUCCCUCUGGGACUCCGGGGAACCGUCAUUGGCAUCAAAGGAGCCGAGCGCGAGGCGGAGGUCCUCUACGAAGUUGUCUUCGAUGAAGAGUUUGCCGGAGGUCUCAACAUCAGGUGUACAUCACCUCGCGGUUACCGCCUCCCGCCCUGCGCGCUCAUCAACCUUUCCCACGGAGCGCGAGUGGAUCACAGUUCCCAUAAACUCACCGCCAUCGUCAAACCUCAGCCGGCCACGGCCGCCAACUUCAACUCCCCGCGGCAGCUGAACCACUCUCCACGGUCGCCCUUCACGUCGACACAGCAUAACAAUAAACACGGUGUGGUGAAGGCAGCCUCCCAGGGCAACAACAGGAACUCUCCCUCUAAGGGUCCUGUCCAGAAACAACAGGCCAAGGAGUACACUAAUGUGUGGCAGUCUCUGCAGAACUCUGGUCCUCCUCUCAAGCCUCCUGCUCACUGGCACAAUGAAGGACUUUCCCAACAGGGGAAGAACCAGCAGUCCAACAAAACCGCCCCAGUUGCCGGAAUCAGACUGUUGAAGAAAAAUGAAGAUGCCAACUCCCUUUUCCCCCCUCAGAACACGGCCAAUAAGGCUUCAACUGAGUUUGAGGACCUGAUCGCCAGUCUUAAUAUCUCCAAGGGCAGCCAGCAGACGGCACCCCCUCCUGCUCCUCCACAAGCGCCCACCAGCCAAGCAGACGGCCCGUUGUCCCCGCAGUCCUUCGCCAUGAAGGGAACCCUGAUGCUGAAGGAGAUGCUGAAGAUCGACGGCGCCGGAACAGGAAGUCCCUCCUCCCACGAGGCAACUGACAGCGGCGGCCAGCAGCACAACAGGCGACGGUCCUCCAAAAAACUAGCAGCCAAUAUGAACGCCCCCUUCGGCGACAGCGCUGCAAUAGCUUCCCCCUCAUUGGCCGGCUCUGCCAACCUCCCCAACGCCGUGCUGACCAGCAAGGUGUCGGAGCUGGCGUGCGUCUGCGUGGGGUUGGGAAUGGCUCCCCCCGACUUCAGCUUCAUAGGCAGCAGACAGGGUCACACAUUCGUGUGUCAGGUGAAGCUGUCCAACGGGUUGAUGGUUCACGGUCCGCAGUGCCAAUCAGAAAGUGAUGCCAAGGAGAAAGCUGCCUUCUUCGCCCUUCAAAGACUGAACUCAGUGGGCACUGGCUUCCCCCUCCCACCUCCUCUAUACCCGGGAAUGGGUCAGAUACGACCCCCGACCUUAGGACCAAUGACCCCCGUCUACAACCAACAAGGCGCUUUGCUGCUGCCCCCCCAGGGUUACGGCCCCGCCCCACUGUGGGGAAUGCCGCUGCCUCCUCCCCACCACCCCCUCCUCCAACAGAACCAGCCGUUCUUCGGGCCAACGGGAACCUUCCCCGGUGCCGCCCGCCCCCAGCCUGCAACAGUGCCGCCCAUUGGCUCACACAACCAGUUUAUUCCGCUCCAGGUGACGAAGAAGCGAGUCUCGGCCAACAAAAAGAGCCAGGACACGCGGGAGUUCUACAGCGCCGCCCACACCGUGUCCAGAAACCAGACGCACAAAGCCCAGAACCAGCCCUUCGACCACUCACUGGCUCAGGGUGAACCACAGCCGCACCAGCACGCCGCCAACAGCCACCACUCCCCGGCGAGUCCCGGCCCGGCGGACGCCGCUUCCGCGACGGCAGCCCCGCACACACCCCCUCGGCAAAACAUCCCAGUGACGGGCCACACCCCCAGCUCCUCUUCCAAGAGGAAGCACAGAAAGUUGGCUGUCAACUUUGAGGCGGCUAAAGUCUCCGAGUGAUGAGCGUGUGUGUGUGUGUGUGUGUGUGUGUGUGUGUGUGUGUGUGUGUGUGUGUGUGUGUGUUGUGCAUGCGCGCUUGUUGUUUUUAAGCUGCUGUUUUAAAGCCUGACUCAGCAUCUCUGAUCAACCUCACCAGUGCCACCGUUUCGGUUCACAAAAAAAAAAAAGUUUUUACCGCUUCCCUUUUGAAACACGGCGA